GAUGGUAAGCCCUUGUGGAUGGUAAGUUAAUAUCGAUGAGCAGCGCUUCUUCUCUCCCUGCACCCGAAAGUAGGGCAGAUUGACUUUGACAGAAGCCGUGUAUUCAUUUUGGAGGCUACAUUAGUGCGUUAUUUAUUAGUGGUCCUCCAGUAUGCUGCUACCACGACUUACGUCUCAGAUAGCGAGGGCCUCUCGAUUUGCAGAACGCUUUUUGUCGAGAUCGGCCAUCUCGCUUCCGGUUCCUAGACUUGCCGCUUCCGCAAAUUACAGCACAUUUCCCUCAAACAGAAAUGGAGCCCAACCCCAGCAGUGGUACGCGUUGGACCCUGAGCUGGAAGAAAUCCUGGUGCCAAGGAAGAUGUCGAUCUCCCCCCUUGAAAGCUGGUUGACAGUCCAGUAUGUCCUCCCUAAAGGUGGAGGCGCCAUCAAUGUUUAUGAGAAGCUAGGCUAUGAACCCAACCAUCAGUAUGACCUCCCCGCAUCUUCCUGGGGUGCAGAGGCUGAAGAUGACAAUGAAGAGGGGGGAAGCGAGCUGAACCGGGGCAAAAUGGAAUGCAAGAACGUUUUGAAGAUCCGGAGAAGGAAGAUGAACAGACACAAGUAUAGGAAGCUGAUGAAGCGGACAAAGUUUUUGCGGAAGAAGGUCAGGGAAGGUCGGCGCCGGAGGAAACAAAAAAGGUUUGAACGAGAUCUGGAACGCAUCUGGAGGAGAGCCGGACUGAAGAAGGCUCCUGAGGGAUGGAAGGCACCCAAGAUAUAUCUCAAGAAUGUGAAGUCUGAUUGACGUCACCAUGAACUUUUUUUUUUUAAUUAAACAAUAUUUAAAGCAGAA